UUUCAGUACCUACCGUACUCUUGUGUUUGUUAACUUACUCUGUGUUUAAGUGCCUUGUGUAUUCAUGCGUGGCAUCAUGGAAGACGCUCGAUUUCAGCCUUCAUACUUCAUAAUCUUCCUCAGACAAGGACUUAACUUUGGCUGGUGGAUCUAGGAUUCAGGGUUCCUGUUCCUCAUACUCACUUCUCACUUCCUUCCUGACUUCCUAAACGACACUGGGAACCCAACCAGGUGACUUAACCAGAAAUGAGCAAACGGAAGCUGCAGCCUAGUGCUUCAAAUCCAAAUCAGGAUUAUUGUGAAUUUUUACUUGAGCUAGCUGAGUUUGAAAAGAACGUAUCCAGAAAUAUUUAUAAACACAAUGCCUACAGAAAGGCGGCCUCUGUGCUGUCCCACCACCCGGAGCGAAUCACCUCCGGAGAACAGGCCCGCCAGCUGGCCGGCAUCGGGCGGAAAAUCGCCGACAAAAUCGACGAGUUUCUGCAGACGGGUCACCUGCGCAAGCUGGACAAGAUCCGCGCCAGUGACGUAGCCGUGGCCACCGCUGAGCUGAGCCGAGUGUCGGGCAUUGGACCGGCCAAGGCGCGCCAGCUCAUCGACGGCGGCGUCCGCACCCUGGAGGAGCUGCGAGCGCGGCCCGAGCUGCUCAACCGCCACCAGACGCUGGGACUCAGGUACGUGACCGAGUUCGAGAGUCGUAUCCCGCGCCAGGAGGUGGCUGCCAUCGAGCGGCACGUGCUGCAGAGAGUGGCAGAGCUGGACGGACGGUACCGGGCCACCGUCUGCGGCAGCUACCGGUCAGUUACCGGGCCACCGUCUGCGGCAGCUACCGGUCAGUUACCGGGCAGUUAAUGGUCAGUUACCGGG